AUGGCUCCGGAACCGGUAGAUGAUUUGAAUGAGAAGAAUCCUCGCCCUCUUGAUGAGGAUGACAUUGCCCUUCUCAAGACCUACGGUUUGGGACCUUACUCUGCAAGCAUCAAGAAAGCGGAGAAGGAAAUCAAGGAAAUGGCCAAGAAGGUUAAUGACCUCUGUGGAAUCAAGGAGUCUGAUACUGGUUUAGCUGCUCCAAGCCAGUGGGAUUUGGUUUCUGACAAGCAAAUGAUGCAGGAAGAACAACCUCUUCAGGUGGCAAGGUGUACAAAGAUUAUCAGCCCAAAUACAGAUGAUGCUAAAUAUGUAAUUAACGUGAAACAAAUUGCUAAGUUUGUUGUGGGUUUGGGUGAUAGAGUGUCUCCGACUGAUAUUGAAGAAGGAAUGCGUGUAGGAGUUGAUAGGAACAAAUAUCAAAUUCAAAUUCCUUUGCCGCCAAAGAUUGAUCCAAGUGUGACGAUGAUGACUGUGGAAGAAAAGCCUGAUGUAACAUACAAUGAUGUUGGUGGAUGCAAAGAACAAAUUGAGAAGAUGAGAGAGGUGGUGGAGCUUCCUAUGCUUCAUCCAGAGAAAUUUGUCAAGUUAGGUAUUGACCCUCCCAAAGGUGUCCUGUGUUAUGGUCCCCCUGGAACUGGUAAAACAUUACUGGCACGAGCAGUGGCAAACAGAACUGAUGCCUGCUUUAUCCGUGUUAUUGGAAGUGAGCUUGUGCAAAAAUACGUAGGAGAAGGGGCCCGGAUGGUUCGUGAACUAUUUCAGAUGGCACGCUCAAAGAAGGCUUGCAUUGUGUUUUUUGAUGAGGUUGAUGCUAUUGGUGGUGCUCGUUUUGAUGAUGGCGUCGGAGGUGACAAUGAAGUUCAGAGGACUAUGCUUGAAAUUGUGAAUCAGCUUGAUGGCUUUGAUGCUAGAGGAAACAUUAAGGUUCUUAUGGCUACUAAUCGACCUGAUACUUUAGACCCAGCACUUCUACGACCUGGAAGGUUGGAUCGUAAAAUUGAGUUCAGCCUGCCUGAUCUGGAGAGUCGGACACAGAUAUUCAAAAUCCACACAAGAACAAUGAACUGUGAGAGGGAUAUUCGCUUUGAACUUUUAGCUCGUCUCUGCCCCAACUCUACAGGAGCGGAUAUACGAAGUGUUUGCACUGAAGCUGGUAUGUUUGCCAUUCGAGCACGGAGGAAGACAGUCACAGAGAAAGACUUUCUUGAUGCAGUGAAUAAGGUCAUCAAAGGCUACCAGAAAUUCAGUGCAACACCCAAGUACAUGGUCUACAACUGAGUUUGAGAUGAAACCCGGAGCUUGCCGCAUCCUAACCUUUAAUAAUAGCACAUCCCUUAUCAAAGUCGUCAGCGGCGCACACUUGUUUUGAUCAGAACAGUUGUGGGAGGGAUAUCAUCUACCACCACCUUAGACCAUGCCGGAUCUGAACCGCAUUAUUUCAACAGGUUUCUCUUGUCAAGGGGAAAUUAAUUUAUUUCCCGAAAGUUAUAACAUUGAUUUGCUGAAAUGCAACUGCUUAAACAUUUCUUUGUUUAUCAUUGAUAAUUUGCCAUUCUUGAGUUUGCAAUGCGA